AUGGGAUCGAAGAGUCCAGAUGGCCAGUAUCAGGGCCCGAAUGGUGAGCAACCAGAGCGCAACCCGCUCAACUCUCUGUCUCUGACACAAGCCAGGACACGACUCGCCCGAUUUCAAACCUGCACAAAUCGCAUCAGGCAAUUCCAACGGAGCAGACACUGCCGACGUUGAUCGUGGAAUUCUUGGCGACGGAGACGAUGGCGAUGAUGAUGAUGGAGGCGCCGGGGUGAAGGGGCUACAAGGUAAAUUAUUCCUGCUGUAUCGACGGCAUCAAAGGUAUGCGCAACUCGCUGUGCACGUACUCACAUAGGUUGCAGCGGGAAGGAAGCGCAAGAAAUCCAAGAAGCCGAAAAAGAGGAAGGCCGCGGGCCCCGCAAAGCAGACAUCUCCACCUCGUUUACCAGUCUCUACAAUCUUCGAGUCGGUGUACCCACUGGGAGAGCUUAUUCCGUACGAGAACACUUCCCGUACCACCAAUGAGGAAACCCGCUACAACUCUCGGCACUUCAGCGAGACCUUCUUGUCUGAAUAUCGUCAAGCCGCCGAGAUCCACCGCGAAGUACGCCAAUACGUGCAGAAAGAAGUCAUCAAGCCCGGUGUGAGCAUGUCUACGAUCGUGGAAGCGAUCGAGGACGGCAUCUAUGCGCUCACUGGCAAUCCGUGCACUGGAACUGGAGAGCCUCUCAAAUCCGGCCCAGGCUUCCCAACCGGUCUCUGCCUGAACAAUGUUGCGGCCCACUGGACUCCGAAUACAGGCGGUAAAGAUGUCCUACUGCAGAAGAAUGAUGUUCUCAGCGUUGACUUCGGAGUGCACGUCAACGGCCAUAUCGUCGAUUCAGCGUUUACUUUGACUUUCGAUGAGACCUACAACCCUCUUCUCGAAGCCGUGAAGGCAGCAACGAAUACGGGCAUCGAACAUGCUGGUGUCGAUGCGAGAAUCAAUGAAGUCAGUGCUGCUAUUCAAGAAGUCAUGGAGAGCUACGAAGUCAACGUAAAUGGCAAGUCGUUGCCCGUUCAGGCCGUUCAAGGUCUCACAGGCCACAACAUCUUGCCCUAUCGCAUUCACGGCGACAAAUAUGUGCCCUUCGUGAAGAACAAUAGCAAGCAAAAGAUGGAAGAAGGCGAUGUGUUCGCGAUCGAAACCUUUGGAAGUACGGGUAGGGGUGUUAUGACGGACGAUGUGAGAAUGUACCUCCCGCAACAUCUCAAUACAAGUACUGAUCUGCCGUCAGGUCGGUGUCUACGGCUACAGCCGCAACGAAGGCAUAGCAAGCCAACAUCUACCUUCUGCCUCCGCGAGAUCUCUACUCAAGGCCAUCGACGCGAAUUUCUCAACAAUUCCAUUCUCUCGUCGUCAUCUGGAACGUCUGGGCGUGACCAAGUAUCACCUUGGGAUGAGGCAGCUGGUCGAUGCUGGUAUUGUCGAAGAGUAUGCGCCUCUUGUGGACAGGAAGGGCGCGAUGGUGGCUCAAUUUGAGCAUGUGAGUUGGGCACGUACUAUCUAAAGCUUUCGCAUACUGACGCUGGACCUAGACGAUCCUGCUUCACAGGGGCGGAAAGGAAGUCAUCAGCCGGGGUGAAGACUACUGA